GGCGCGAGCCAGCAGCUUCCGGCCGAAGAACAUGAUGCAAGGGGAGGCAAAUCCUAGUGCUUCCCUUAUUGACAGAACCAUCAAGAUGAGAAAAGAAACAGAAGCUAAGAAAGUGGUUUUAGCCUGGGGACUCCUAAAUGUAUCUGUGGCUGGAAUGAUAUAUACUGAAAUGACUGGAAAGUUGAUUAGUUCAUAUUAUAAUGUGACAUACUGGCCCCUUUGGUAUAUUGAGCUUGCCCUUGCGUCCCUCUUCAGCCUAAACGCCUUAUUUGAUUUUUGGAGGUAUUUCAAAUAUACUGUGGCACCAACAAGUCUGGUUGUUAGCCCUGGACAGCAAACACUUUUAGGGUCGAAAACAGCUGUUGUACAGACUACUCCUCCACACGAUCUGGCAGCAACCCAAACCCCUCCCUCGCCACCUUCUCCUUCAAUUCAGGGUCAGAGUGUGUUGAGCUAUAGCCCAUCUCGUUCACCCAGUACCAGCCCCAAGUUCACUACCAGCUGUAUAACCGGAUACAGCCCUCAGCUGCAAGGUCUGUCAUCAGGUGGCAGCAGUUCCUAUAGCCCUGGAGUGACUUACUCUCCCAUCAGUGGUUAUAAUAAGUUGGCGAGCUAUAGUCCUUCUCCUUCCUCCCCCUACCCUACAACUGUCGGACCAGUGGAGGGCAGUGGGUUGAGAUCUCGCUACCGUUCUUCACCCACCGUCUAUAACUCGCCUACUGACAAAGAAGACUACAUGACAGACCUACGGACUUUGGAUACUUUUCUUAGAAGUGAAGAAGAGAAACAGCAUAGAGUUAAGCUGGGGAGUCCAGAUUCUACCUCGCCUUCCACCAGUCCUACCUUCUGGAACUACAAUCGUUCCAUGGGAGAUUAUGCACAGACUUUGAAGAAGUUUCAGUAUCAGCUUGCCUGUAGGUCUCAGGCCCCAUGUGCUAACAAAGAUGAGGCUGAUCUCAGUUCUAAACAAGCUGCAGAGGAGGUUUGGGCAAGAGUGACUAUGAAUAGACAACUUCUUGAUCAUAUGGAUUCGUGGACAGCUAAGUUCAGAAAUUGGAUCAAUGAGACAAUAUUAGUGCCACUGGUACAAGAGAUUGAGUCUGUCAGCACACAGAUGAGACGAAUGGGCUGUCCCGAGCUUCAGAUAGGAGAGGCUAGCAUUACUAGCUUGAAGCAAGCUGCUCUGGUCAAAGCUCCUCUCAUCCCGACUUUGAACACAAUUGUGCAGUAUCUAGACCUUACACCCAAUCAGGAAUACUUGUUCGAAAGGAUUAAAGAACUUUCUCAGGGAGGCUGUAUGAGUUCAUUUAGAUGGAAUAGAGGUGGAGACUUCAAAGGACGGAAGUGGGAUACAGACCUGCCCACUGACUCAGCUAUCAUCAUGCAUGUAUUUUGCACCUACGUUGAUUCCAGAUUGCCUCCCCAUCCUAAGUACCCUGACGGGAAGACAUUUACUUCUCAGCACUUUGUUCAGACACCAAAUAAACCAGAUGUGACAAAUGAGAAUGUUUUUUGCAUCUAUCAGAGUGCUAUCAACCCUCCUCAUUAUGAGCUAAUCUACCAACGUCAUGUGUACAAUCUUCCAAAGGGCCGAAAUAAUAUGUUUCAUACAUUGUUAAUGUUUCUCUACAUCAUAAAAACCAAAGAGUCAGGAAUGCUUGGGAGAGUUAAUCUUGGUCUAUCCGGUGUGAAUAUUUUGUGGAUUUUUGGCGAAUAAUGUGGGUCGUUUAAUUCCAAACAUUAGGACUUUUAUUUGAUUGAACCAGGAGUUGAAUCUAAGCAUCUCUGAGUCACUGUGUCUUUUGAAAUAAGAUACAUAUGUGUGUGUUAACAGACUCUUUUAGAUUUAAGGAAAAAAUAGCUAUUAUGAAACUUAUUGUUAAAGUAUUUCCUGUGUCCUCUAUAGCGAGAGACAUUACCUUCUCUUUUUUUAUUACCUUUCAGAUUUUUCAGUUGUCUGUGAAACUGCAGACCUUCAGAUAUUUGUUGACCCAAAACAGUGCAAUUUCCCCUUAAUUAAGAAAUUUGAGUCCUUUUACAUUGUAACCUACAAAUGAGAAUCAUCCACCUGAUUUUUCCCCACAAAAACAUUAUUUUUUUCAAUCGCAUUAUUUGGUGUAAAUACUUAAAAAGAAACAAGGAAAUUGCUAAUUCACCUUUUUUAUCUCUUUACUUCCCUGUUGUUCUAUAGAUCAGCCCAAGGCCCACAUGUAAAGAGAUGAGAUCAACUUGUAUUAGUCCAUGUACAUUUUUAAAUAAUAUUGAAAGAGGUGUGACAGUGUUGGCAUGUUUAGAAGUCAGCUCUCAGAUUAACUCACAGAGUUAAACUAUCUGGGUCUUAGGUUAAAAGGCUGAAGACAUUAAGAAACUCUUGCUUUCUUUUUAAUAAUUCAAUCUGACUGUGUUAUUUUAAGAGUUCUCUUUUAAGAUCAUACAAUAUCUGUUUAAAUUUUUUUACAUAUGUUCAAAAUAUCUGGAGAGUAAGAAGUGACUGAGUUUUGCUUGACUCUAUUUUCUUACGUAUCUAUGUAUAGGACCUUGAAGGCUAGCUAGCAAGUAUGUUUGUUUUCCGGAUUGACGUCCUGUUAGAGACCACUUCUGUCACCUUACGGAAACCUGGAAACAAAACUAGAAUCUUCUGAGUAACUGCAUUUUGGUCCUAUAUGUGCAUCCCGUUUUUAAUAAUUUGUAAAUUCUGUUUUUCAACAACUCGUUCCUGUGUUUUGAAAGUCCUAUGUCCAGAGGAAAGGAGGUUUCUUUUCACUGCUUUUGAUGUAUGUUGAACAUGUUUGCUGUGGUAUUUUAGAAGAAAAUGUCAAUUAAACAUGUUAAAUACGAGAA